AUGUUGGAACUGGUUUGCCUCUGGGCUCAAGGGAACGCGGUGACCCUACGGACGGACUCCCGAGGAAUAUUGAAACGCCAGAUCCUCUUGCAAAAGACGAGUCGGCAUAGCGAAUUAGAUGUGGCGCCGAUUGAACUAUUUAUUGAGUCCUGUGUACACGCUAAGCUCGCUAUGCAGCCUCAUCUCGCCGGCACCUCGCCGUCGCCUCAGUCACAUAUUUUAUUUGUAGAACCUUCCUGGAUCCAGAGUGGACGAAGGCUUAAUAUACACGAGGCGAUUGGACGCGAUUUUGCGUGA